AAAGCCUAAAACUAAGAGAGCAAAAAGAUUUCUGGAGAAGAGAGAACCCAAACUUAAAGAAAAUACAAAAAAUGCUAUGCUCAUAAAAGGAGGAAAUGCAAACUUAACAGUGACUGAAGUGCUUAAAGACAUUUAUGCUGUGAAGAAGCCUUUUGCUGUACUGUACAAAAAGAAAAAUAUUACUAGACCUUUUGAGGAUCAAACAUCGUUGGAAUUUUUUUCAAAGAAAUCAGAUUGUUCUUUGUUUCUGUUUGGCUCUCACAACAAGAAGCGACCUAACAACCUGAUAAUAGGUCGCAUGUUUGACUAUCACGUCCUAGACAUGAUUGAGCUAGGCGUUGAGAAGUUUGUAUCCCUGAAAGAUGUCAAGAACAGUAAAUGUCCUGAGGGAACAAAACCGAUGUUGAUAUUUGCUGGUGACAUGUUUGAUGUAAAUGAAGAAUACAGAAGACUGAAGAGCCUUCUUAUUGAUUUCUUCAGAGGUCCUAAUGUGCCCAGUAUUCGUCUGGCUGGAUUAGAGUACGUUUUGCAUUUCACAGCUGUAGAGGGGAAAAUCUACAUGCGAAGCUAUAAGGUGCUUCUAAAGAAAUCUGGCUGUAAAAUACCAAGAAUUGAACUGGAAGAGAUGGGACCUUCAUUAGAUCUGGUUAUGAGGAGGACACAUUUAGCUUCAGAUGACCUUUAUAAGCUGUCUUUAAAACAACCAAAAGCCCUCAAGCCGAAGAAGAAAAAGAAUAUCUCCCAUGAUGUGUUUGGUACAACUUACGGUCGAAUCCACAUGCAGAAGCAAGAUCUUGGUAAACUGCAGACGCGGAAAAUGAAAGGGUUAAAAAAGAGGCCAGCAGAGAAGUCAGCUGAAGAUGGUGGGGUUAGUCCCAAAAAGUCAAAAUCAGCUUGAUGGUCUGGAACAGCUUGGAAAACUAUUUGUACCUUCAAAUUAGUUUU